AUCAUUCACACAACAACCAUAACCAUCUGUUAUAUCUUUAAUCAUCAUAUUACAUAUUCCCUCUCUCCUAACUAAUUAAUCUCCACAACAUAGUAUAUAUCACAUUCACCCUUCUUAAUCAUACUCAUCCAUGCAUGCCACAUCAAAAAUAAUCCUUCCAAAUUUCGCUCUCUCCCCAUACAUAUAGAAAGCAUGACAACACUCAUGACUUUCACUUGCUUUAUACAAUUUUUAAAACAUUAAACAACAACAUUGUUUCAUCUUCAUCUUCAUUUUCAUCCCAUGAUCAUGAUGAUGAACUCUGUCAUCAUCUUCUUCUUCUUCACAAUCUACAUUGUACCAUGUCUAACACAUAAUGACACACAAGCACUCACCCUCUUCCGCCGCAAUACCGACACACACGGCCGCCUCCUGACUAACUGGACUGGCACCGACGCCUGCUCCGCCUCAUGGCACGGCGUCAUUUGCUCCCCAAACAACCGUGUCACGACUCUCACUCUCCCUUCCCUCAAUCUCCGAGGACCCAUAGAAUCUCUCUCUCCUCUCACCCACCUCCGCCUCCUCGACCUCCAUAACAACCGCCUUAACGGUACCGUUGCACCUUCUCUCCUCUCCAAUUGCACAAAUCUCAAACUUCUCUACCUCGCCGGAAACGACUUCUCCGGCGAAAUCCCACCGGAAAUCUCCUCCCUGAAAAACCUCCUCCGCCUUGACCUCUCCGACAACAACCUCGCCGGCGAAGUUCCCAGCGAAAUAUCCCGCUUAACCAACCUGCUCACUCUGAGACUUCAGAACAACGCACUCUCCGGCAACAUCCCUGACCUCUCAUCCGCCAUGCCGAAUCUCACAGAACUCAACUUAACCAAUAACGAAUUCUCCGGUCACGUGCCAAACUCAUUGCUGAACAAAUUCAGCAAAGAAAGCUUCUCCGGUAACGAAGGUUUAUGCGGUUCAAAAUCGUUCCCGGUUUGUUCCUUCACCGAAAACAACCCUCUUUCUCCUGAACCGGUUCAAACCGUUCCUUCAAACCCAAGUUCGUUCCCUGAAACAAGCGUAAUCGCAAGACCAAUAAGUGAAUCUCAUAAAGGGUUAAGCCCUGGCGUUAUCGUAGCAAUAGUUGUUGCAAAUUGCGUUGCAUUGUUGGUUGUUACUUCGUUUAUUGUUGCUCAUUGUUGUGCUAAAGGGAGAGGGUAUAAAAGUAAUUCCAUAAUGGGUAGUGAAGGUGGGAAGAGAAAAAGUGGGAGUAGUUAUGGUGGUGAGAAGGUGUAUAAUGGAAACGGUGGGGGUGUUGAUAGUGAUGGGAAUGGGACAAGUGGAACUGAAAUGAGUAAGCUUGUGUUUUUUGAUAGGAGAAGUGAGUUUGAGUUGGAGGAUUUGUUACGUGCUUCUGCUGAGAUGCUUGGGAAGGGUAGUUUGGGAACUGUUUAUAGGGCAGUGCUUGAUGAUGGUAGUACUGUUGCUGUUAAGAGGCUUAAAGAUGCAAACCCUUGUGCUAGACAUGAGUUUGAACAGUAUAUGGAUGUCAUUGGGAAGCUUAAACACCCUAAUAUUGUUAGACUUAGAGCUUAUUAUUAUGCCAAGGAAGAAAAGCUUCUUGUUUAUGAUUAUCUUUCAAAUGGAAGCUUGUAUGCUCUUCUUCAUGGGAACCGUGGACCGGGGAGGAUUCCAUUGGAUUGGACAACAAGAAUAAGCUUGGUGUUAGGAGCAGCAAGAGGGCUUUGUCGGAUUCAUGCAGAGUAUAGUGCAGCAAAAGUACCUCAUGGAAACGUGAAAUCAUCUAAUGUGCUACUUGACAAGAAUGGCAAUGCUUGCAUAUCUGACUUUGGCUUGUCACUGCUGUUAAACCCUGUUCAUGCAAUUGCAAGAUUGGGAGGGUACAGAGCACCUGAACAGACAGAACAAAAGAGACUGUCUCAGCAAGCUGAUGUGUACAGUUUUGGAGUGUUGCUGUUGGAAGUUCUCACAGGGAAAGCUCCUUCGUUGCAAUAUCCUUCCCCAGCAGCUCGUCCUCGUAUCGAUGAAGAGGAGCAAACUGUGGUCGAUCUUCCCAAAUGGGUUCGAUCAGUUGUGAAAGAAGAGUGGACUGGAGAGGUUUUUGAUCAAGAACUUCUGCGAUACAAGAACAUUGAGGAAGAGCUUGUGUCGAUGCUACAUGUUGGUUUGGCUUGUGUGGUGCCGCAGCCAGAGAAGAGGCCAACUAUGGUAGAUGUUGUUAAGAUGAUUGAGGAUAUCAGGGUGGAGCAAUCUCCUCUAGGGGAGGAUUAUGAUGAAUCGCGCAAUUCACUUUCACCUUCCAUUCCCACCACAGAAGAUGGUCUUGUUUAGGGAUUAUAGUGCAUUAAUAUUGUCUGGUAUAUAUGUUAUUACAGUUCAGGAAGGAGGAGUAAGUACACCAGUGCAGUAGUAUUUAACUUAUCUUUGCCCUUCUUUCAGUUGCAUUGUGUGGCUGCAAAUUAGCUAGCUCUUCGAUUAUGUUUAGUGUUCUUCGUAAAAUUUGUGGACUUUAUGAAAUUCCAUUGUUGAACGUGGCAGAAAUCUGAGGACCUUCAGCUUGACUUUGGAAUAAAGUCAUGUCUAGUUGAAUUGUAUUGUAUGAUAGUACAUUUGAAUUUUUCUUCAGUCUUUAGGAAUCAUAAUAGAACUAAUGAUUCUAAUUCGAUGGCACUAUUGUUAAAGCGCCGUGAAACCACAAUCAUGAUUCAUGAGUUGUGUCUGCUGUUUCUGCAACACUUACUUGCAAGUAGGUUAAUUAUA